ACAUUUCUUUUUUUUGGCCACGACACUUCCGCUUUUCUUUUUACAGUGACGAGAUGGAAAUACAAACCCCGUUCUAAACAAAACCCGCGGAAUAUAAUCAACCAUUGAUAUAAAUAGCUGCUAAAUUUCCUAUUCUUAUUAGGUAUGUAAUUACAAUUGUAAAUCAUCACUACUUGUGAACAAUUAAUUACAUUAACUUAUUCAAAUAAAACAUAUUACAACAUGAAGAUCAUUUCCGAAGAAGAAAAAGCUGCUCAUAGUAGAUUCGUGCUUAUUCAAGGAUUAAAAGGAUGUGCUGUUGGUGCUGGGAUUGCUUUUGGUCUUACUAGAUAUUUGAAAUUCAAACAACCCCUUAGAUAUUCUCAAUUCAAUGCUUCCAUUAAAACUGCAUUAUGGGCCAUGCCAACUGUUACUAUGGGUGCUUUCUUUGCUGAUGAUGGUUCUGUUGAAUUUGAUAAUUCAACUUAUAGAUCAGAUUACUUUAAAAAGCAAGAAGAAGAAAAAUUAUUAAGAUAUAAUAACUUGAGUGUAUCUGAAAAGAUGCUUCAUCAAUUGAAUGAAAAGAAAUAUGAAACUGUGGUGGUUGCUUGGGCUGCUUCAUUAUAUGGAUCUUGGAAAUUAGUUAAUAGAGAUCAAUAUAUGACUAGAGCUCAAAAAUUAGUGCAAGCCAGAGUUUAUGCUCAAGCUUUUACAGUGUUAUUAUUAUUAGGUACUUUACUUCUUAGUGUUCAUGAAGCUGAAUUACAAAAGAAAGAACCAGCUCCUGUACCUGAAUGGAAGAAAUAUUUAGAAGAACAUGAAAAGGAUGCUAAUACUACUCCACAACCCCAUAUUAAUUUAAAACAUUAGACUUGACUUAAUUUGAUUUGAUUUGAUUCGUUAACUUUCUUAUUUAUAAACUGUUUGUUUUUUACCCUCUUUAAUGAUACACGAUUGCAUAGAUGAUACAAUAUAAUAUAUGAAAUAAUAUUUACUUUAAAUCUAACUCAUCGUAGAUGACUCUUGAGAUAUAUAAAUUGAAUCAUUUCAUUUCUCUAUUGUCUCUGAUAAG